ACGGAAAAGGUUUUGAGAAUGACCCGGAUGUGUAUACAACGCCUAAAUAUUUUGCGCGAAAACCCUCGCGAGUAGGAUUUUCCCCGUUUUUGUAAAAAGUCGAAUGUUUAUGUGAAAAGUAAUAAUUAUUGUUGCUCUGAAGCGCAGAAUGGAUGAAUAUGAUGAAAUGUACGGGAUUGAGGAUGAUUAUGAACAGCAGUUUGCAGACGAGUUGGAGGUGAUGGCAGAAAUGGAGCAUGAGCCUCCUUGUGGUGUGAAGGUGUCAGAGUUCAGAAGUAAGAGACAGACAUUUGAGGAAGCUCUCACGUCUGCUGACUCGGCUCUGCUCAAGCCUGUGGCUGCUGAAGCUCUGGCACUGGAGGAGGACGAGUGUCUGACACCCAAAGCGAAGAAGCGAAAACACGACGUGGCCAAAAAGCUCCAUUUUGAAGCGACACAUGAUGAAGGUGAUGGUGAUGGUGAUAAGGAGAUCACUCCUCCCUCUUCACCUGAGGUGUACCAGAGGUCAGAGAGGACGAGGUCAGGGUUCUCUCUCUCCCUCUCCCCCAGUAGACCUGUAGUCUCAGAACCGGUCAGUGUGAUGGACAUCAGUGGUCUGGCAGUGCUGCAGGAAUCUCCAAAGAGAGUCAGAGAACCACGUCACGCUCUUAGACGUCCCCCAGCCAGCGGAGACUACAUCACUGUCACCGACUGUACGGGCAACCGAGUGUACCUGCGCCAGGACCCGGACCUGGACCCGGACCUCCAGACACCGGAUCCGAGGUUUUUCCGAAAUUCCCAAAACACACUGGGGCUGCUGGCGGUUCCUGUCGAGGUUCUCAAAGAGCAAGCAUCAGAAAGACGUCAUCGUCAGCUCGUGGAGGAAUCACAGAGGUUAACAGAGCUCCUGAACAGUGGUAUAGAUCCUGAACUUCUUGCAGAUGAAGGCUCAGAAGACACGGAGGAUGUGAAUGUUAGAGUGUCUGAUGAAAGCUCUGGAUCUCGCUUGUGGGUGGAUCGUUUCGCUCCUCAACAUUAUAUGGAGCUCCUGAGUGAUGAUUUCACUAAUCGCUGUUUGUUGAAAUGGUUGAAACUCUGGGACUCUGUGGUGUUUGGGAGAGAGAGAAAGCCCCGCCCACCUGCGGCCGAGUCUCGAGUUAAUGGAGCUCAGAACCAGAACCAGAACCAGCGCUUUAAAACAAAGUCUCAGGUGACAGAGGAGAUACUGGAGGCGGAGCUAGACCAGUACAAACGCCCCAAACUCAAGGUUGCACUCCUGUCUGGACCUCCUGGAUUAGGAAAGACGACGUUAGCGCACAUCAUUGCUAAACAUGCAGGAUAUAAUGUAGUCGAGAUCAACGCCAGUGAUGAUCGCAGUGCUGAGUUGUUUCAGAAGCGUAUUGACACAGCCACACAGAUGAAGUCGGUCCUGGGAGCCAACGAGAAACCAAACUGCCUCAUCAUCGAUGAGAUAGAUGGAGCUCCAUCAGCUGCUAUCAAUGUGCUGUUAGCGACCCUAAACAGGAAGGACAGCCGAGAAGGAGAAGAAUCCACCUCAAACCCCUUGAAGAAAAAGAAGAAGAAGGAGUCUGUCCUGCUUCGGCCCAUCAUCUGCAUCUGUAAUGACCUUUACACUCCAGCUUUGAGGCCGUUGAGGCAGCAAGCAUUCCUGUUAACUUUUCCUCCAACGCAGCAGUCUCGCCUCACACAGAGACUGGCAGAGGUCACACGUCGACAGGGUAUGAAGGCGGACACGGGAUCUCUGAUGGCCUUGUGUGAGAAAACAGACAAUGACAUACGUGCAUGCAUCAACACGCUACAGUUUUUACAUGGGCGUGGUCAGAGACAGUUGGAUCAGCGUGUAGUGAAUUCUAUGAGCAUUGGUUUAAAGGACCAGAACAAGGGACUGUUUUCAGUGUGGCAAGAAAUAUUUCAGCUUCCUCGACUGAAACGGAAACGGAUUGGUGGAGAUCCACAUGGAGGUUUCGAGGAGGCGGGGCUUAAAGACGUUACCCAGAGACUUCAACACAUCCUUCACUUGGCCUCAUCCUGCGGAGAACACGAGAAACUCACACAGGGAUUGUAUGAUAAUUUCCUCAGUAUGAAGCUGAAGGAUCCCAGUCUAUUAGGUGUGUGUUCAGGACUGGACUGGCUCUGUUUCUCAGAUCUGGUGAACGAGUGUGUGUUACAUGGCCAGAAUUACUCUCUCAUGCGCUACCUGCCCUUCCUCCCUGCUGCCUUCCAUCACCUGUUCGCUGCUAACUCUGUACCCCGCAUCAGUUACCCCAACAGCCACUACGAGGGUCUGAUGAAAACCCAGCACACGAAAAACGCCCUGGUUGCCAUGGUGGCAGAGAUCCCUCCUUCCAUCCGGACCCGAAUCUGCCAGAGUAACCUGUGUUUAGACAUCCUGAGUCUUUUACUGGAGCUCAUUUCCCCCAAACUACGGCCAGUUAAUCCCCAGCUGUACAGUACGAGGGAGAAACAGCAGCUCUGUGAGCUUAUUGAUACGAUGAUCAACUACAACCUGACUUACAGACAGGAGCGCACACCUGAGGGGCAGUACACCUACGUCCUGGAACCUAACAUUGAGGACGUGGUGAGGUUUUCUGGUCUACCCCCUCGGAGACAGCUGACCUAUCAGGUGAAGCAGUUGAUCUCCAGAGAGACGGAGAUGGAGAGGAUGAGGAGGGUGGAGCGAGCGCAGCAGAAACGCAACCCUCAGCAGACGGAGACGGUUGAGGAAGUGAAGGAGGUGAAGAAACCUCAGACCCAGAAGCCUAAGAUUAGGAACCACCAUCAGAGGCUGGAGAACAUUGUGAAGCAGACGGUGGUGGAGAAUAAGCCCGAGACGGAUUUCUUUGGCCGAGCCGUCGUACCUAAAGAGAAAGUGUCUCCUAACACGUCCACAGAAGACGACGGGAAACCCGGCGGCGUGUCUCAGAUCGGUAAAGCUGUAGGGAAAAGUGACGUCUGGUUUCGCUUUAAUGAAGGAGUUUCUAACGCAGUGCGCAGAAACGUUUAUAUCAGAGAACUGCUGUAAGAGAAAACUCCCCAUCGUACACUUCUCGAGAAAUCAAUUAAGAAAACUGAAUAAAUCUUGUUUUUUGGAUCGUUUAUUACUUCUAA